UAAGUUUAACUGGCAACACUUUCACGUUAAUAUUGAUUACGUCAAUUUCAAAAUGGAGGAAUACGCACGUGAACCGUGUCCUUGGCGAAUUAUUGAUGACUGUGGAGGUGCCUUCACAAUGGGGGCUAUUGGAGGUGCUGUCUUUCAGAGUAUAAAGGGAUUUAGGAAUGCACCAUCGGGUGUAAACAGACGUUUACUUGGAAGUUUAGCAGCAGUGAAGAGCAGGGCUCCUGUAAUAGGAGGCAACUUUGCAGUUUGGGGAGGAUUAUUUUCCACAAUCGACUGUUCAUUAGUUCAUAUCAGGAAAAAGGAAGAUCCAUGGAAUUCCAUUACUAGUGGGGCUUUAACAGGAGCUAUAUUGGCAGUACGAAAUGGUGCAGGUGCAAUGGUAGGAUCUGCAAUUAUAGGUGGUGUUCUUCUAGCACUAAUUGAAGGUGUUGGAAUUUUAUUUACUCGUUAUUCUGCAGAGCAUUUUAAACCCUUUGAUCCCCAGAUGUCCGAUCCCUCACAAUUAUCUUCACCCAUAGGAAAUGCACCUAAUUAUCAAUGAUGUACAGUAUUGUAUGUUUGUAAUGUGUAAUUAAGUUUUAUCUUAAUUUGAUAUAUAGUGUAUAAUUGUUAAAGGAGACCAAUUUAUUUCAUAAAUAAACAGUAUAGAAAUUAUUUAUUUGUUAACAAAUUAUCAUAUACAUAUAUAGUUCAUGUAAAAAAAAAUAAGGCUUAGUGGUUUUGAUACAUUCUUUCUUGUGCUUUAGUCUUCUCUCUGUUAAAAAUAGAACUUACAGUUACUUUACUCAUCUGAAAAUUAAAUUUCAUAGGUCAUCUUAAAAGACUUACAUCCCAAUCAAAGUGAUUUUUUUUUUAUAUUUGAAUUUAAUUAUUAGAAGAAAACAUUGUUAUCAGUAAUCAUUUGAAGAUCUAAAAAUUAUGAAUGUUAAACGAUAAACUUGUGUUGACUUAAUCUGAGAUAUAUUUUUUCAAGGAAACAUGUAAUCAGAAUAAAUUUUAAAGUAAAAAAGCCAGUUUUUGUAUUAUAAGUAAUUAUUUCUUCAAUGAAUAGUAAAUUUUCUGAUGAAAUUCAAAGGAAAUAUUUCAGGAAGACUAUUAACUUAUAGUCUAAUUAUCGUAAGUUGGCACCUACUGUAAACAAACUAAGAAACAUCCCCUUUGAUAGACAUGGGUUUAAACCAAUAAACAAUUAGAAAUUGUGUUGCAUCUCGUUCAUUCAGAAAAAAAUUCCUGAAUUUGAGAUUUGUAAAUGAUUUUUAAGAAUUGCUGGAGAAUUUAUUUGUUUUAUUUUUAUAUCUAUUUAAUAAAAUAAAAAUUCUGAAGUAUCUUCACAGCUAUGUUCAACUACACAAUUAUAAAUAUAUUUUGUGUAAGUCUUAAUAAUAAUAUAUAUUUAAUAUUAAUUUUUGACAAACUAUAUUUAAAUGAUGGAAGUAAUUUAAAUGGCUAUGUCAAAAUGUUAAAGUAGGCUAUAAUAAUCUAAGUAGUAGAUAUGUAUUAUAUCAAUGGUGCAGUUUUUUAUAUAAUAUUUAUGGCUAGAUAUGUA